AGAGGUUGAGAUUUUUAACGUGUACGUGUACGUGUACUUGUAGUAGGUGAUUCCCCUAAAAUAUUGUGUAUUACGUCAUCAAUUGUCGAGUUCGUUUGCUUUCUACACGUUCGCCAGUACUUGUAAAGCGGCAUCUACACAUCGAUCAAGAUAACCCUACGGUCUGUCAAUGGACAGGAAAAAGCAGGUCCGAUUUUCCGAUCAAAAUGACAUCAAACUGCUAAGAGAAGUCCUCUCCAAAAAUCCAUUUGAAGAAAAAUCAAAAUGGGCCGAAAUAGCCAGUAAGCUGCCAAUGGAUGUUGAUACUAGACGGGUUCGUGAAAGAACCCUUUUACUUAUUGAACAACGACGUAAACACAAUAAGAGUUCCCUUAAAAAGUCUGGAGUAGAUGAAGAGUAUGGGGAAAAAGAAAAUCUCAUGGAUGAAGCGAUAGAUUUAUUUGAUGAGGAGGAACAGAAGAAGAAGACCUUGAAAACAAAAGCGGAAAAGGAAGAAAACAUUGGGAAAGAUAUUCGAAAACGGGCCCUUGAGAACUUAACACCUACAACAAGCGACGAAGACCUCAGAAAAAUGCCGAAAAAAGGUUCUGCUGUUGUCAACUACUUAAAGGACAAGGCGGAAGCCGAAAUGGCAACCAAGAAAGAAGAAAUUGCAUUAAAGAAAGAAGAGCUAAAACUUGAGAGGGAUAGGUUUGAAAUAGAAAGGCUUGAAAGGUUACAGAGACUUGAAAAUGAAAAGCGCCACAACCAAAUGAUGAUGGAACUUCUAGCAAAAUGUUUAAAAAAGUGAAUUUAAUAUUAUUUAAUGACUAAAUGUUUGUGUUACUCUAAAAAUAAAACAAUAAAUAAAUAUCUUAUUAUAACAGUUUAUUUCUCAGUUACAGACAUUUUUUUGCUCUCCAUUGACUUCAUUGGCUAA